CAACCGAAAGCGCCUGUCUAGAAAAAUCAGAAAAAUGCAAAUUGGUUCGAAUGUUUUGUCUAAAAGUUUUGUUUCAAUAAAAAUUUAUUAAUUUUUUUAAAAAGCAAUGAAUGAAACAUUUUCAAGUAGCCUCAAAGAUGUAAAGCUAGAUCUUCUGCUCGGCAUUAAUGAGUGUAACAAACGUGGCCUUGCGCAGAGCGCCAAAUGGUUAUCGGAGCUAAACCACGGCCUCAAAACUGUUUCUGUGAGCAUUUCGGGUAAAUCAUUCGAAAAUCUGCAUACCGGAAUCGCCGAAGAAGAAUACGAUGAUUAUGUGCUGUCCAAAAGUUACUUCGAUGUGCGAGAGUACGAUCGUUCGGCGUACUUCACCCGGAAUUGCGCCUCUCCAGUUCCGCGCUUUCUGCAUCUGUACGCGACUUACAUGUCCAAGGAGAAGAAACGGCUGGACAACAUGAGUGACAAUUCGAUAGUCAAUUCCAAUAAUCAUGUGAAGGACUUCUCGGAGCUGCUGGCAACGCUACGAACGGAUUACGGACAGCGGAAGCUUGAUGGGUACUGUAUGUGGCUUUACGGGGUCAUCCUGAAGAAGCUGGACUUGAAUCAGAUGGCGGUACAGAUUUUCGUUGAUGCCAUCAAUGCGGAACCGACACUGUGGGGGGCGUGGUUGGAGUUGGCCCCAUUGGUCACCGAUAAAAAUAUGCUUCAGAAUCUGAAAUUGCCCGACCAUUGGAUGAAGCAGAUCUUUGUUGGCUAUACCUACAUCGAACUGUUCCUCAACGAUGAAGGAAUCAAAAUCUUUGAGCAUCUUCAAGCUGCUGGAUUUGGGAAGUGCAUUUUCAUCCCGACCCAGCUGGCGAUUGCGUUCUCAAACAAGCGAGACGUCGAUAAAUCUAUUGAAAUAUUUCGGCACUUGCACGAGGUGGAUCCGUUCCGCUUGGAUAACUUGGACUCUUACUCGAAUCUCCUGUUCGUGAAGGACAUGAAGACUGAAAUGGCUCAUCUGGCGCACAAGGCGGUUGACAUAAAUAAGUACAGCCCGGAGACGUGCUGCGUCGUGGGUAAUUAUUACAGCAUCAGGGCUGACCACCACAAGGCCGUGGUGUACUUCCAGCGGGCCUUGAAGCUCAAUCCGCGUUAUCUGUCGGCGUGGACGUUGAUGGGGCACGAGUUUAUGGAGAUGAAGAAUACCAAUGCAGCGAUUCAAAGCUAUCGGCAAGCUGUAGAGGUCAACCGUCGCGAUUUCCGUGCAUGGUACGGCUUAGGACAGGCAUAUGAAAUUCUAAAAAUGCCGUUCUACAGUUUGCACUACUAUAAGGCAGCCCAACAACUACGCCCGUACGACAGUCGAAUGCUAGUCGCACUGGGGGAGACUUACGAAAAGCUGGAAAAGGGUGAAAAUGCUCUCAAGUGCUAUCAGAAAGCUUACAACGUAGGGGACAUUGAAGGCGUGGCAUUGUUCAACUUGGCUCGGCUAUAUGAAAGGCGAGAAGAGAUGGAGAAGGCCGUUCCGGCGUAUCUACGAUAUAGCUCGGACGAGAAAGCCGUUGCAGAUAAAAGUUCGUUGUGUCAUGCUUUCAUGACCCUGGGCAACUAUUACGAGAAGAAAGAUGAAUUCGAUAAAGCUUCACAUUUUGCGUACAAAUGUUUAGAGUACGAGGAGUCCAAACGCGAGGCGGAAGCCCUAUUGAAGAUCAUCGCCAAUAAGAGGUCACAAAAAGUGGCUGCGGCCGAUAAAGCGAAAGAGUCAUCGCCGACGACCAAUAAAGAAAAGCCUAUCGACAUGGACUUGGAGGAGGUGGAAAUGGAUGAGAGCGACAUGGGCCGGAUGGUGAAUUUGGUGAUGGCCCAGGAUGACAUGCUGGUGGAGAAUGAUGAACCGGAGUUCCAACUAGAACAAGCUGUGGAUGAUAUUUCAACAUUGUCUAUCAUAAUGGAACACGGGUCCGAUGGAAAUGAAUAAAUUUGAUCAACUUCAUCAACACUGUAAA